AUGAGCAAUAUAUUUUAUUUUACAACCUCACUCUUGAAAAAGCAAAACAAUGAGAAAGAACAGAGAUUCGCAUAUUUGUUGGAAAAUUAUCUCAUAAUAAAUAAGAGAGAAGGACUGAAUUUGAUUGAUAGGAAAUUCGAUUUGACUUCAAUGGACUGCCAAAUCAAAUGGCAUUAUGAGAACAACAUAAUCACAGAAAUGAUGGUGUAUGACACAAAAUAAAAUUAAAGAAUUGUGUAUUACUAAAAGCCAGAGGCCUUACAGGACUUACAAAACAAACUAAAUGGAAAAGCAUUCUAUAGAAAUUUUAAAUAGUUUUACCAGAAAUUAGAGGUUAUUAAAUCUCAUAAAAAUGUCGAAAUUAUGAUAUGUAAAAAUAUACUAACAGAGGAGAUUGUCGUAGCCAAACAAGUUAAGUUUCUCAAAAAUAAGCACGUUGAUUCUGACCAUAAUUCUUUUGUAAUGAGCGAGGCUAAGAUUUAUAUGAAAUUAUCUUACAAUCCUCAUUAAUAUCUUUUAGGAGCCCACCAAAUUUUCAUAUGCGAUCAAUCGGUUAUUUACAUUAUGCCACAUUGUAAAGGUGGAACACUCUAUGAAUAUCUAGUUCAGAAUGAUUUAAAUUUGCCAGAAUUAGUUACAUAAGAAAUGAUGAGAAAAUUACUAAUUGGACUGAAUCAUCUUCAUAACAUAGGAAUUAUGCACAGAGAUAUAAAAUUAGACAAUAUAAUGUUACUGAGAAAAAAUGAUCCAAACUCAAUUCGAAUUAUGGACUUUGGGUACUCGACAUUAAUCAAUGAUGAGAUGUUUUCCUAUUAAAGAUGUGGAACUCCUGGCUAUAUAGCCCCAGAAAUUUUAAACAUGGGUCAAUACAAUCAAUUAUGUGACAUUUAUAGCCUGGGUUGUGUAUUUCAUGCAUUGCUGACUGGAAAAAAACUAUACAACACACCUAAGUCCACUAAAGCCUCAGAAUUAUUAUAAUUGAAUAGAAAUAGCAUUACUUCAUUAUCAUAAAUCUGCAAUCUCAAUGCUUUGGAAUUGUUGUAAUCCAUGAUAGCAAUUGUUAAAUACAGACCCAGUGCUUCAACCUGUUUACAACAUUCGUAUUUUGAAGAAGAAUAAUUUUAGAUAGAAGAUCUAUGUACACAAUUGAAACAACUUGAUUUUCCAUAACUCAGAAAUCCAUUUAGAUCUUGA